UGAAAAUGCAUGGCGUGCAGGGAGUCGUUUGAUUGCAAGCGAAGAAGUGUGCGCCGAUCAGCCAUGAGCGGGUUCGGGCAGAGGUCGCGGCCAUGGCCAGGGCCAGGGGACUCCGCAUCCACGCCGUCAGAGCCAGCUGCUGCAGUUGCUGCGGCCGCGGACGCGAGGGGCGAGGCGUCCACGCUCAAGGACUUCGGCACGUCGAUGGACGCCAUCUCCUUCGGGUUCGCGGCCACGGCCAUCCUCAUCUCUCUCUUCCUCCUCACGACCAUCUUCGAGCACCUCAUCAAGCCCCUGGCUUUCCCACCGAACUCCCCCGACGGAAGGCCCCACGCCGCCCGCCACCGGCACAGCCGCUCGCCUGGCAAGCUCCGGAGCCCGCCCAUGGUAAGAUCACCCAACCGUGGCAACCACUCGCCGUUCUUCUUGUGUGCCUUGCAAUGUGUGCAUGUGGAGGCGGUGCUGCAGGCCGCGGACCUGUCGGUCCUGAUGCCGGGGCAGCGGUACCCGACGUACCUGGCGCAGCCGGCGCCGCUGCCGCCGUCGUGCCACAGGGAAGGCGUGCACUGGCCGCCGCACGACCACCACAACUCCUACAUGCCACCUUAA